AUGACUGCUAUCCAUCUUGCUAGACGCUCUAUGGAAAAAGAAAUGGUAGAAUUUCUAAUUAAAAGUGAUGCAGAUGUCAAUAUAAAAUCUAUUAAUCAUGAAAGAACAAUUAAUAAUUUAAACGAAAAAAUGGCCGAGCUUCUAAUUUUCCACGGUAUAAAAAUUAGCACAAAAAAAAGGUUUAAUACAAGCCGCCAUUCAUAA